UCGUUUUUGCUGCAAAGCAUAUAAGUUUUUAGUUUCUUCGUGUAUUUUGACUAACGCGCGAUCUAAGGAUAUUUUUAUAUUCUUUAAAUCAGUUCAUUGGUUGAAUUUCAUCUCUAAUAAUGAAACAAAAAUAUUCUGUGUCUGUCUUGAAACUAGAACAGUUUUGAAAUUUGGACAGAGAGCUCCCGAUACUAUUACACAUUCAAACUCGUGAAGAACGGGUAUUCAGCUAACUUCAAGCUAACAUUUUAGAAAUAUCAUAAUUUAUGACAGGAUUUGUGAAAUUGAAAAGUUGAUAUCUACUAAUAUACUACAGAUGCCUGUUUAUCUUUUCAAAGUCUUAUCAGUAAUUUUAAACUUGGAGUACCUACUCGCUUUUGACCCUAAGGCCGAUUGCAAUAAUGUUGGUGCAGAUGUGUGGAAUUAUGUACCCUGUGAUUCAUACUAUCAACCAGACAAUUGCUUUUCUGAUGAUCUUGCUGUUGUAAAUCUGGAGGAAUUCGACAGAUGCGGUCCUUCCUACAUGCCAAUCAUAGGAAGGAAUUAUUACCUGGGAUCAUCAGGACAAAGAGAAACAUUCAAUGACAACAAAAGCGCUUUUAGAAAAAUCAAAAUUAUUCCCAAAGUUCUUCGAGAUGUAUCCAAAUAUUGCACAAAAGUCACCGUCUUGGGUACAGAAAUCGAUUACCCAAUAGGCUUCUCUCCUGUCGGUCUUCUAAAGUUAGCUCAUCCCGAAGGUGAUUUGGCACUGGUAGCAGGUCUAAAGAACUGGAACACUAUCCUGAUAAUGAGUAGCUAUGCCACGAAUACCAUUGAAGAUGUUGCUGAAAGAGCAAAAGGAUCUUCUCUGCAACUAUGGAUGCAGACUUACUUCUUUAAGAAUUUCACCACUACAAUGGACAUUAUAAACCGAGCUGAAAAGAAUGGUUUCAAAGCAUUAGUUGUCAGUGCGGAUACAAAUGUAAAUCCUACAGAAACAUGUGGUGCUAGGAGUGGUUUGGUGCUUCCACCGGAUGUCGAGGUGAUUAAUGUUGGCCAAAAUUAUAAAACUGCUAUAGCUUCAAAUGCAACAUUCAAUGACAUUGUAUACAUCAGAAGUAGGACAAGACUACCAAUUGUAGCUAAAGGAAUUUUGUCAGCGAGUGAUGCAAUCAGAGCCAUCCAGGCGGGUGCUUCUGCUAUAUUGGUGUCGAACCAUGGAGGUAGACAGAUGGAUUAUUCUCCUGCCACGAUAGAUGCUUUACCAUUCAUUGUAGACACAGUAAAAGAAUAUUACCCUCAUAUUGAAAUCUACGUAGAUGGAGGCAUACGAAAUGGUUAUGAUAUUUAUAAAGCUCUUGCAAGAGGUGCAAAAAUGGUUUUUCUGGGACGACCUUCCAUAUGGGGCAUAGCAUUUAAUGGUUCAAGUGGCGUCAAUCAAGUAAUGGAUAUUAUAACAAGUGAAUUUCAGGAAGUUAUGACUUUGUCAGGUCACACUGAUCCUAAUCAAAUUACCAGAGACAGUUUAUUGCCUCAGUUACCAACAUUCUAGUGCCAAAAUCAGGCGCCAGUAUUGACAAUUCCUAAAUAAAUAAAUUAUUCUUUAAUUUUAAAUCAAUAAACUUUCACUAAAAUUGUU